AGUUACAAAAUCGUGAUCCCGGCCGAAGCCACAAGAGAUGUUCUUGCUGGUAGAGUAUCCUACCUAUUGGUAGACAAUAAAGGAAUGACCGUUUUUAAGCCGGUUCAUGUUUUUGCCGCUAUCAAAUUGAAAAAGAAAAUCAUCCACCAUUUAGAAAACUACGCAUCUGUGGGAGCUCAUGAGAGAAUUCUGGAUAGCAAGCAAUAGAAAGAGUAGGAUUGGGGUACAGAAGAAAAUAUAUCAGUCCAGAGUUGGUCGGAAGGGGAAUAUAUAACCAAUCUUCCGCUUGGAGGACUACGGGGCAGAAGCUGUUAAAAAACAACUUGCAAUGAGAAGACUAUUGCAGACCAAAACGUUGUACAAACCAAAGCCCUUUGAUCCAGAAAUACUGGGAAGAAACAUUUUUGUAAGUUUCUUGUAUUUGUGGCGUCUACGUGAAAUACAUAUUUUAUUUACAAAUAAAUGCCUUUGA